AUGAAGCUUAAAGAGUUCAAUGCUAAGGUGAAAUCACUUCCAUUCUAUGUCACUUUUGAAGAAGCUUGGGAUAAACAUGGUCUAGUGGAGUUCUUUUUCACAACUAGUGAAAACAAAGAAGAGAUACACCAACUUUUCAGAAGGCACGAUUUCCCCAUUGCCCCUCAUGCAGUCAAUCAACCACCAUCACCACCAUCAUCACCACCACCCAGUGCUAAAGUUCAGCCUACCUUCAAGACCCUCUACAAGAUUGAAGACCCAGGUCAAUUCUCUAUUCCCUGUCAAGUAAAUGGUCAUUACUUUGAUAGAACACUAUGCGAUUCUGGCUCUUGCAUAAACCUCAUGCCAACCCAAACCGCCAAACUCCUUGGCAUCACACGCUUGCAACCUGCUCAAAUUAGUAUUGGACUUGCUAACCAUACUAUAGCCAAGCCAAGAGGAGUUGUUGUUGAUGUUCUUCUAGAGAUUGGAGAUAUCAAGAUCCCGGUGGACUUUCAUGUCAUGAACAUCAAGGAGGAUGUGACACACCAUUGA